UCAACGUCUGAGAUCACUCAAUCCGUCCAGGUAGAAGUCAUAGGCCAUCCAAAACUUUUCAGCAAUCCGCGGAGGAAAGUUGAACUCUGAGUGCUGCUUCUUAAGAAGUUCAUAAAAGUCCUCUUUCGUGGUUGAUCGGCAUUCAAGGUCAAAUAUCGAUUGAGCAAGUUCCUCGUCUGCUAUUCCAAUGAAAUCUUCGACGGUUUCUGCAAGUCGGCGUAGUACAAGUGCUUGGUCAUGGUUAAGAGCAUCCGUCACCUCUGCCCCGGCGGCUGAAAUUCUAAUUGUUUGA